AUGGGCGCACACAGACUGUUCGCCCACAAAACCUAUUCGGCUACUCCCUUACUACGAGCUAUUCUUCUGCUAUUUCAAACUCUAGCGGGCCAGAACUCUAUGUACAUUUGGUGUCGAGAUCAUCGCCUGCACCACCGUUACUCGGAUACUGACGCCGACCCUCAUAAUUCGAAGCGCGGCUUCUUUUUCUCUCACGUCGGGUGGUUGAUGUCGAAGAAACAUCCUUACGUGAUCGAGCUAGGCAAGAGGAUUGACAUGAGCGAUCUCGAGGCCGACUGGAUGGUUAUGUUCCAAAAGAAGUACUACUUUUUGCUCUACUUUAUAAUGGCCUUAUUUAUUCCUGUUUGGGUGCCGAUACAUUGUUUCGGGGAGUCUUUUGGUGACUCUCUUUUAGUGUGUUACUUUUUCCGCUACCUUUUUCAAGUCAAUGGAACCUGGCUGGUUAAUAGCGCUGCACAUCUUUAUGGCACAAGACCUUACGACAAAAAUCUUCAGCCAGUGGAGUCUUGGUUCGUGUCUUUAGUUACUAUGGGCGAGGGCUGGCACAAUUACCACCACACGUUUCCGUGGGACUAUAAAGCGGCUGAGCAAUCGAUGCAUUUCAACCCAACGGCAACCCUUAUAAGAAUCUGUGAAAAACUUGGUAUGGCAUACGACUUGAAGACAACCUCACCGGAAAUGAUAGCGAAAAGAAUAAUUCGGACUGGGGAUGGAACCCACUACGCAUUGGGGAACGAGGACGCGAAGGCGGCAGUUACUGCCAUCGGUCCGGUACAUCCACUAAACCCAACCUAUAGUUCUAAGGCGGACCCCCCGAGAGCCACGCUCGAAGAUCAAGGGUUACCCCUUUUCCACGAAAAUGACGUUAUAAAAGUCACUGCGAUAAAGAACACCCGACAAACCGCAACGGCC